AUGUCGCUCUCCAGAACCAGUCAGCUUCCAUUCGCCAAGCGGCAAUUUUUCCAGAUUUUGGCCCGAAGUUACAGCAAUACACAAGAUGCCGACCUCGUCGUCAUCGGCGGUGGACCAGGAGGCUACGUCGCCGCCAUCAAGGCCGCCCAACUCGGAAUGAAGACUGUGUGUGUUGAGAAGAACGCGACACUCGGAGGAACUUGCCUGAAUGUCGGAUGUAUUCCAUCGAAGGCUCUUCUCAACAACUCCCACCUUUUGCACCAGGCUCAACACGAUUUCGCUGCUAGAGGAAUCGACUGCACCGCUUCUCUGAAUCUCCCAAAAAUGAUGGAAGCCAAGGCCACCUCAGUCAAACAGCUCACCGGUGGAAUCAAACAACUUUUCAAGGCCAACAAGGUCGGACACGUCGAAGGCUUCGGAACGAUCGUCGGCCCAAAUACGGUUCAAGCCAAGAAAGCCGAUGGAUCCGUAGAGACUAUUAACGCCCGUAACAUCCUCAUCGCCUCUGGAUCAGAAGUCACCCCAUUCCCAGGAAUCACUAUUGAUGAGCAAUCGAUCGUCUCCUCGACUGGAGCUCUUUCUUUGGGACAAGUUCCAAAGAAAAUGGUUGUGAUUGGUGCUGGUGUCAUUGGACUCGAGUUAGGAUCCGUUUGGCAACGACUUGGAGCUGAGGUGACUGCCGUCGAAUUCCUCGGACAUGUUGGAGGAAUGGGAAUCGAUGGAGAGGUGUCGAAGAACUUCCAGAGGACUCUGACGAAGCAAGGAUUCAAGUUCCUUUUGAAUACCAAGGUUUUGGGAGCCACGAAGAAUGGAAGCAACAUUUCUGUGGAGGUUGAAGGAGCUAAGGAUGGAAAGAAGCAGACGCUCGAAUGUGACACCCUUCUCGUCUCGGUCGGACGCCGUCCAUACACCGAAGGACUCGGACUCUCCAACGUCCAAAUCGACACCGACAACCGUGGACGCAUCCCAGUCAACGAGAAAUUCCAAACCAAGGUUCCAUCGAUCUUCGCCAUCGGUGACGUCAUCGAGGGACCAAUGCUUGCUCACAAGGCUGAAGACGAGGGUAUUCUGUGUGUUGAGGGGAUCGCUGGAGGACCAGUUCACAUUGAUUACAACUGCAUUCCAUCGGUUGUCUACACUCAUCCAGAAGUCGCUUGGGUUGGAAAGGCUGAGGAGCAGUUGAAGCAAGAGGGAGUCGCCUACAAAAUCGGAAAGUUCCCAUUCGUCGCCAACUCUCGUGCUAAGACCAACAACGAUCAAGAGGGAUUCGUGAAGGUGCUCGCUGAUAAGCAGACCGAUCGUAUGCUCGGAGUUCACAUCAUUGGACCAAACGCCGGAGAGAUGAUCGCCGAAGCCACGUUGGCUAUGGAGUACGGAGCUUCAGCUGAAGACGUCGCCAGAGUUUGCCAUCCACAUCCAACCCUCUCGGAAGCCUUCAGAGAAGCAAACCUUGCAGCCUACUGCGGAAAAGCCAUCAACUCCAUCUAA